UAUCAGCGACAGAAAAAAAAAUCAUUGGUGGAAGCGGCGACUGUCAUGGGGUUGAAAUGUCUCGCCAGGGGAAGCAAGAAGAGAACCUUAAAGACAAAUUGAAAAGUUUAUUCCGCAUCAAAGACAAAUCUGCACCAGUUACUUUCCAGAGACCGACUGUUAGAGAGUUCAUAUUCACCCCUGAUGUGUUGAAGGACAUUGGUCCUGAAAGUCCAGCCAACAACAGACUGCGAACAAUCAGGGAAUUGUGUACCACUGUCCAAACUAAAAAGUUAGAGGAGAAUGCAAUUGAAGCUCUAUGGAACAGCAUCAAAGAUCUGGUUCAGCCUGGGGCGCCGUCAGAGAGUCGACAGAUAGCUCUCCAUUUCCUGCACUCACUCAUAGAGGGACAGUUGCAGUACCUGGGUAUACUGAGAGCUCACUUCUUCAGUGUUAUAGAGGAGCUGACUAACCAUGAGGAUCUCUCACAAAGGUUGGAAUUGUUCAAGGCAUUGAGUGAGAAUGGCAGAAAUUUGGGAGAGUUUGAAGAAUUGGCAGGCCCACUCCUGCUACGUAUGAUGCCCGAUGUCUUGGCCUCGGGUAACAUGACCACCUUCCUCCAGCUACUUGUCCAGAUUGUCAAGUAUAAUGCUGCCUACCUCGAUGAAGACGUCAUUUGUGGGCUUGUCAAACAAACAUGCAUGAUACCAAACCGUUCACGAUCAGAGGAGGAUAUCAAGAUGUGCCUGGACAUCUUGGAUGCGGUGGUGUGCUACAGUUAUCUCCCCUGCGAGUGUCUUCAACACGUGAUUGCAGCUCUUUGUCGCAUGAUCAACAUGCCAAAGUACUGUCUGAACAGCUGGGAGUUGAUGAAGAAGUUGCUGGGAACUCAUCUCGGUCACAGCAGUAUCUAUACCAUGUGUUGUAUGCUGCAGGACAGGAGACAACCUACAGACCACAACUUGUUGCGAGGAUCUGUGUUCUUUGUAGGGAUGGCACUCUGGGGCUCAAAGAAAGUCCCCACACUUAAACACACUUUUUCCUCAGUCUUACCCUCCUUCCUCCAGGUACUGUCCACCAACAGUCACAUUGUGGCCUAUGAGGUUGUGCUGUCUAUACAUCGACUUGUGAAAAAGUAUGGGAAGGACCUACAACAUGUUACCUGGAACAUCAUUAUGGAUAUCCUGGAGGGGCUGCUUAAACUGAUGGAGGUCAGUGUGCCAAAUCAGCCUCCCCUGGACCCCCGAAUGCCAGUAGAUUUCCAUGACAUCCUCUCCAUUAUAGAGGAUCUCCACAUGCACGGCCAGUUUGCAGGAUGUGUGUCGAGGUUUUUCAAAAUCAUUGAGAUGUGUGCUUCCAAAAGACCAGAGAGUUCGGUAUCGAUGUUGAUUACCCAUCAUGCUCAGAUGAUACUUCCUGUGAAGGAGAAUUGGAUCCAGAAUCUUUACUCUCUGUUAGAGAAAUAUUUCAGACAGGAGAGCCGUACAAUGAUCAGAACAAAGGCCCUGGCUGUCCUGUCCUUUGUUCUCAGUGUCAACAAACAUGUACAUGAGGAUGAGCUGAUCACCAAUGUUGUACUGCCACACCUGGGUCACAUAGAUCAGGACUGUGACCCAGAGGUGAGGAAGGUCGCCGCUGAGAUGCUGCUGUGUCUGGCCCAGAGCUGUAGUCACCAGUGUUUUCUACACAUAAUAGUUCUCUUAGAGAAGCUGAUUGACAAACCAGUGGUAGCCAUUGUGACUACUCGGUACCCAUCAAUAGAAGGGGGAGAAGCCAUGCAACAGCAUGAUGAGAGCCACCUGGUGGAUAUUAGGACUGGCAUUUCGGGGCUGGUCGAUCUCCUAAGGGUCAAGCUUUACAUGUACCCGUCAAAAGAGUGCCAGAAGAUAUUCCUGAUGAUCGUGGACCACAUGCGUCGACAGUACUCCAACAGCCAGGACUACAGUAGUCACACGGCAGCCGUCAUCAGGAAGAAUAUCAUGACAGCACUGCUCCAAAUGCGUUCAGAUAGUUUGAGCAGGAUGGGCUUUAUCAACAAGGAUCAGGACACUCUUCUAAAGUUUAGUCCAUAUAUUGUUUGUGAACUGAGAUGUGAUGAGGAUAACCUGACCAUCCCCUCCAGUCCCAACCCGGUCCCCAAGGAGUCGUCAAAGUUUCUGUGGACAAGUGCUUCACUACUAGACUAUACUGAAGCCUUCGGUCUCUUUAUUACCUGUCUAAAACAUGACCUUGACUGGCAGGUGAUUGAGUGUGUGCUGGUCAACCUUCCCCUACUGCUACAAAACAAGACGCUCAUCCUCUCCACACAGGGCGACCUCAUUGACACGCUGUGUCAUGUGCUUUGUGCUAUGGUCAAUGACCGCCAGCUAGGCUUUCCUGAAAAGCUGACAAGUGUGCCAUUUGGAAAGUUCACCAGGUCGGAUUUCCAUGCUUUUAUAUUUCCUGUACUUGCAUCCAUGGUGUCCUACCACAAAUAUCUGGACAGGAACAGACAGAAAGAGUUGAUAAAGUGCCUAGAGUUUGGUCUGGUAUCCAAGUGUGCUAAGCUGUGUACCAACGCUUUACGUCUGUGUACCCUGGAGAUGCAGGAAGUGAUGAUGAGACAGCUGCCAUCUGUCCUUCUCCAACUCUCCAAGAUAUCGGCGACCGUCUCCAUGGCCAUACCUGUACUGGCAUUUCUAUCCAGUAUUGUCCGCUUGCCAAAGAUGUAUGCCAACUUCGUGGAGGAUGAAUACAUGAGUGUGUUUGCUAUAGCGUUACCAUACACCAACCCAUUCAAAUUCAGUCAUUACACGGUGUCUCUGGCUCACCAUGUCAUCGCGAUCUGGUUCAUACGCUGUCGGGUUCCGUUCAGGAAAGGCUUUGUCAAGUUUAUACAGAAGGGACUACGAGCCAAUGUGCUACAGCUGUUUGAAGAAAAUUCCAUGCUCCAACUUCAGAAUGAGGACUCGUCUGACAGGAACAGAGCGGCUACCUACAAUGAAUCAGCUCUCAGCAGUCGACGAAGAAUGUUGUCAGGAUCGUCUAUAUCCAGACAAAGAUACCACCCUCCAGUAGAUGACAAGAUGUCACAGUUCCACAAGGAGCUCACAGAGACAUGUACAGACUUCAUGGCCAGAUACGCUUUUGCCAACUACAAUGCUGUCCCCCACAGGUCACAGGAGGCAGAAUUUCUACUGAAAGGAGGGCAGACGCAAACAUGGCUGCUCGGGAAUAAAGUGGUUACCAUAACAACGAGUGGUGGCGGCAAUAAUAAGUUUGGUAACACCUGGUUGUGUGACCAGUGUAUGGCCCAGAUUCAAGGUGGAGAACCUCCGGAAAAGAAACCGUCUCAACCAGACACUCCAGGGCGCAGGCGACACAAGUCUGCUGUAGUAAGUCGUAGUACUGUACAGGAGUCAACCAAGUCCAGUAGUGAUGACAUUGGUAUACAGGUACACACAUCCUAUGAUGAUAUGAGUGUCCUGGGGGAGGAACAACAAAAUGUGGGAGUACAGACAGGCCGUUCACUGACCGAGCAAUCGCCCUCCAAACCUGGGUUUGAUACAGAGGCCAUAGAGUCCCUCCUCUGGGGGGUGAAGAACCAGUCAUCUGAUGGACGGGUGCUGAACAACCUGAUAUGUAACUGUUGGUGUACUGGCUGGGCAGAGAUCAUGAUACGUGCUCCGAGUGGAAACCUUUCGUGGAUGAUGAGGAUAGAGAACGAGACAAGUCUGACAUCUCUCCAGGAGUCACCCAUGACUGAUAUCACCAUGCUGUUUGCAGCCAUGCGUAACAAGCCACCAGACAUGGACAGUCUGCGAAGUUCGAGCCGGAUAGAUAGCGGCAGUAUUGGGGAGGAAGAGUAUGAGUCCUUGUAUGAUCUCCAUUUCCCCUCAGACUCCAGCAGUGACCAUAAAAGUUGUGACAGUAUACAAAUCCGAGUAGAGACGUACAAAGAAAUCCACCAAAGCCAGUCUAAAUCAAAUUCCCAGGAGGAUGCAGGACAAGCUGUGGCUACGGAGACCAGUCCCAGUGAUCAGGCCUCCCAUACUCACCUCCUCAAGAGGAGUAACUCUUCUCCAUCCCUGCUCAGUGGCAGUGCUGACAAUGUGGACAUGAAGGAGAGCAUCAGUGACAUGGCCCUAGUUGAUGUCAACAGAGCUGAGCGAGAUGGGGUACCUGGUAACAAUCCCCAGAGCCAAACGGCUCUUCCUAACAAAGAUGAACAAGAGGUGCCAUCUGGUAGCAAUGCCCCAAGCCAAUCAGGUCAUCCUAGCAGUGCCAACCUUAGCCUAUCUCUGUCCAACAGUCACAGACAAAGACCGCCACCACUUGCAAUAAACCUCAGUCAGCCAAACUCCCCAGUGAAGGGUAUUCAUCACCACCUAGAUUUUGCUCAAUCGCCAGACAGUUCGGACACCUCCUCACUCCAGGAUGAGGUAACAGACCUUCCUGCCUUCAGGAAGUUACGGGGUCACACCAUCUCCAUAGUUACAGAUUCGAAAGGUGAGGACAAUUAUGUCCAGGGGAGGUCAAAGGUCAUCACCCCGAAGGAGAGUGGCCGUGGUGGCAUCAAUCCUAGCUUUGUAUUCCUACAGCUGUACCAGGGGGGCGUUCUACAUCAGGGCAAUGACAUGCCGAUCCUGCUGCCAGACAAUCAGGCUAUCACAAGAGGACUCAAUAUGCUGGACCACAUACACCCGUACGAGACUCACAAAGUCGGGGUGAUCUAUGUGGGAAGUGGCCAGACCAAGGAUGAAAAGGCAAUCCUACGAAACCCAUAUGGAUCUGAAAAGUAUGCCCAGUUUCUGCAGGGCCUUGGACACUUGAUACGCCUGCCUGACUGUGAUCCUAACAGAGUGUAUAUUGGCGGUCUGGACGUUCAUGGCAGUGAUGGACAGUUUGCCUACAGCUGGCAGGACGAGACUAUGCAUGUGAUUUACCAUGUGGCAACCCUGAUGCCAAACAAGGAGUCCGACCCUAACUGCAACGCCAAGAAGCUCCACAUAGGGAACGACUAUGUGACUAUUGUGUACAACGACAGUGGGGAGGACUACAAGAUCGGCACUAUCAAGGGACAGUUUAACUAUGUGAAUAUAGUUAUCAAACCCUUGGACCAUGAGAGCAAUGCUGUCACUUUACAGGCUAAGGAAGUGCCGUUUCAGGACAGCAUAACUACAGAUAUUGCAGAGAUACUUGGACACAAAGACACCAAGAUCAUCUCGGAUGCCAACCUUCCUGAUUUGGUCAGACAGAUAGCAGUGAACUGUGAUCUGGCCUCCCUGGUACUACAGAGACAACAGAGUCAGCCACAGGACCCCUUUGCCUCCAACUGGUUGGAGAGACUUCGUCAGAUCAAACGUAUCAAGAUGAAGACAUUGACAGAAAAUGUGAAACAAGUAGAACAACCUACAAAACAUCAGGAGCUUGGAGACUUCACAGAGUUUGUGUAAGGGGACUACAGAAAAUGUAAAACAAGUGGAGCUACCUACAAAACAUUAGGAGCUUGGAGACAUCACAGAGUUUGUGUAAGGGGACUACAGAAAAUGUGAAACAAGUGGAGCUACCUACAAAACAUCAGGAGCUUGGAGACUUCAGAGUUUGUGUGAGGGGACUACAGAAAAUGUGAAACAAGUGGAGCUACCUAAAAACAUCAGGGGCUUGGAGACUUCAGAGUUUGUGUGAGGGGACUAUUGCAUGUGUGAAACAAUCUAUAAAACAACAGGAGCUUUGGGACUAUUUACUGUACCAUGUGAAGAGCUGGAUGCUUCACAAAGUUUAUGUGAGGGAACUGUUCGUUGAAUGUGUUGAGACUCUAUUGCUGUAUAGAUAAUGUAUAGUAUUUUGACAGUUGUGAUUUGAGCAUUGCCCUUUUACUAUUGUGGUGAUUGGAGAGUAAAAAUAAAAAAGGUUUUAGAAUCAAAUAUGGGAAUUUGAUAUUUAGUGUUUGAAAUAGGGGAAGUCUGUAAAACAUGUAUAUAGUAUAAAUGACGUUUGUUCAUCAGAUUAAUCAGAUUUCUAUGAAUUAACACUAGGCAUUCCUGGAGAGGUCAGAUAUCCUCUGAGAACAUUCUAGUCAGUGUGUGCUAUAGGUUUAAGGGACGAUUCUGAUGGGUUUUUUUUUCACUUCUGAAUGUUUCCAUGUACAUGUUUAACCAAAAAAAGUGGUCAAAUGAUUCAAGGAAACAUUGUAUUUAUUAUGUAUUGAUUUCACUGUGAAUGAUAAAACCUAUGUAAGUGUCCCUAUAUUUCUUAUCAAAAUUCUCUUACCUGGUAUAGCAGUUUCCUUGAACAUCACUUUCCAACCUUUUCAUUAGUGUUCUCUUUCUAAAUUUUGUUACACUAGAUUUGAUCAAGGUACCUUGGUAACGGACUUUAAAGUAUGAAAUCCCAUGUGUCGGGCAUUAAGUGUUUAUUUUGUCUGAGUGUUGUAGACUCAGUUGUAUCCUUACUUUGGUAUCCAAUACAAAAACUAUAGAUUAAAAUAUGUGUUGAAGUCUU